GUCCACCGUUACGGACAAAACACGUCCUCUCCAUCCUAUUUCUCCCAAAAUCCACCACCAUUAUAAAUAUAGAAAUACCACAUCUUUAUUUUUCCUCAUUUCUUCCCAUAGAAACACCAGAAAACCAUGGAGAAAAAACCCGCCGACGUCCAUCAACAAGAAAAUCAACAACAAAAGCCAAAACAACCAAGGCUUCAAAGGAAGGCUACAAAUAAGCCGGCAGCGGUUGAGCCGGAGCCGAAAUCAAACGACAAGAAUUCCCUUAUAUGGGACUGCGGCAGCUCUCUCUAUGAUUCCUUCGAGCUGAAAUCAUUCGAGAAGCAACUCGACUCCGCCAUCCACUCCCGCAGCCUUUCCAUGCCUCACUUAUCCGACCGCCGCCUUCAUUUCCUCGACGAUCCCAAAAAACCGCCGGAAUCUCAUCAUCAUCAGCCACCACAAGUACUGCUGCCACCGACGUCGAAAAAGUCGCCAUCCAAGAUAUCGCGGUCGAUUCACCGGCUCAUAAGAUCUGUCUUCAAGCCUAAGCCACAACAGAACGGUGAUACAGCAACGUUUUUUAAUGGGAAAGAGAAGCCCGGCAGCAAGGAUGGGUUCUACUUUGUGUAUGAGAAGUCUGGUGUACUUUCUACUAUCCCGGAGGUACCGGAGUCCGAUAGUGUCUCGCCGGAUUUGAAGUCCUUCGUUAAACGCACGGCUUCCGAUCGGUUCAUCUUCACUCCUGUAGGUAUUUCUUGUGCUUGAUAAAAACCCACUCCUACUACUACUAAUUAGGAUGCACAGGAAUUAGCAAUCUUAUUGGCGCUCCUAAUAUUCUAGUUAAAAUUUGUAUUUGAUUGGGAGCGACAAUAAUAUUGCUUUUUUAUUGCAGUAAAUAUGUAUGGAGUUAUAUAUACUAAGGUUUUUUUUUUUUUUUCCUUCUUUCCCCUUAAUUUCCUUGUUCGUCUUUUUCUGUUUCUUUUUUUUUUUUUUUCUUUUCUU